CGAAACGCAGCUUUUUUAUGGCCGCUAGAUUCCCCUUGUUUUGACGUUCUUUCAUUUCAUUUUUCGUAAAACGAGAGGGGAUUUCUUAUUAGCGACGGUAUACGAGCACGAUUGCGCUGCAUUUUAUCCGUUAAAAAUACAACAAAGCCAUCAAACUGGAAGUUCUGCAGGUUACGAGAGAGGACGCCGAUAUGACGUCCGUGGCUAGGAGACGGGAGCACGAAGAUUCCGGAGAAUAUUCGGACGCAUCGCAAGAGAUCGAGCACAAUAACUCCGGGAACGAUGGUGGCCAGAACGAGUCGGAUUACGACUCCCAGGGGAGUGACUCUGAACACUCGGAUCAAGAUUCCGAAAACAAGGAGUCGGAACGUCGAGUAGACGAUGAUGAGGAUCGGAGCAAUCCCCAGUACAUCCCCAAAAGGGGGACCUUUUAUGAACACGAUGACAGAACUGCGGCCAGUGGAGAAGAAUCAACCAACACAACUUCAGAGGCGGCCUCAGAGAAGAAGGAAGGCGCCGAGCCGCCGGCCGAGCGCCGCCGCCCGCCCCGCAAGUCUGAGAUCGUUAACAAGUGGUCGCAUGACAAGUAUAAUGAGAACGAACAGAUGCCGAAGUCCCGUGACGAGCUAGUUGCUAUCUACGGGUAUGACAUAAGGAAUGAGGACGCACCUCCCCACGCCAGGCGCAACCGACGAUAUGGUCGCGGUCCCAACAAGUACACUCGUACAUGGGAAGACGAGGAGGCGUACAGAAGACAGUCGGCAGCUCAGCAGGUGCCGAGGAAACCACCCACGGCUGAGGACUUCCCUGAACUUGACGCUGGAAGGAGACAUGGCAAACCCCGCUCCCCUCGACCCCGUUCAAAGUCCCAACCAUCUUCCACUUCCCCCGUAGAGAACGGAGCUCUCCGUCGCAACGCUUCCAUCAAAACGGCCAAGAAGCCGACCGUCAAGCAGGGAACGGGCCGCGUGGCCGUCAAGGUGCCCAAACCCAAGGAGAAGGUGUCCAUGCCGCCGCUGGAGAACUUGACUAUAACCGCCACUGUUAAUAACAAUCAAGGUCAGGCCCCGCGCAAGGUGAGCGCGGUGGCGCAGCAGCGGCCGGUGCCCACUGAUCAGGCACGGAAGAAGACCAAUGCUAAUGCACAGCAGCCACAAUCACAAUCGAGCCAGCCCGCGAACAAGUCUCCGCCGCAGCAACAAUCCGGUCAGCAACAACAGCAACAGAAGACGCAACAGAAUCAGCAACAGCCGCCAACCGGUGGAGGUGGCAGCAAACGUUACAGCAGCUUACGCCAGCGGCCACUUGCUGAUUCCUAUUCUCCGCAACAACCACAGCAACAGCAACAACAACAACAACCACAGCAACAACAACAACAGCAGCAACAGCCACAGCAACAGCAGCAACAACAACAGCCCUCCCAGCAACAGCAGCCGCAUAGAUAUCAUGCUGGUCCGAACGAGUUCGUGGGUGGCAACGCUCAGGCCCAUGCUCAUCCACAACACAUCAUGCACCAGCAAGUAAUGGUGAGCGGCGCCAACAGCCACGCGGCGUCGCCCCCGCACGCGCCGCCCGCGCACGCGCCGCCCGCGCACGCGCCGCCCGCGCACGCGCCGCCCGCGCACGCGCCGCCCGCGCACGCGCCGCCCGCGCACGCGCCGCCCGCGCACGCGCUGCCCGCGCCGCCCGCCGCGCACGCCGCGCACGCCUCACAGGUGCGGCUAGGCAUGAUGGAGCAGCAGUCGAUGCCGGUGCCGCAUCAUCACAACAUGCAUAACAUGCAAGCGCCACACAAUAUGGGUCAAAUUCAGCAAGCACAGGGUUACGCACCGCCCGCCAUGAUGCCAGCGCAGUAUAUGCAGCAAAGCAACAGUGGCGCAGUAUUCGGUGGGGCGAUGUACCCCGCCGCCCCGCACGGCGCCCCGCAUGCGGCCCCGCACGGCGCCCCGCACCCCGCCCCGCACGCGGGUCCGCACGGGCAGGCUCAUCCCACGUACCAGCAUCAGAUGUAUACGCCGCAUCAUAAUUAUAUGGGCGUCCCCCCCACGGGCGGCGUGACGUACUACAACUGCGCGGAGCAGGAGCCGCCCGCGCCGCAGCCGCGGCCGCAGCGCCGUCCCACCGCCGCCAUACCCAUCGUCAGCCCGCACCAUGCCGACAGGCCAGCAAAUUCGUCUGAAAAGGACAACAUAGACAGGAUCGUGGAAAACAUGUUCGUUCGGAAACCCUGGCCUGCGACACAUGGGGCUGAUUCAAAAGAAAAACAGCCAGACAACCGUAGUUCACAAGAACCACAAAGCAAAGAGUCUUCCCAGCCCAACAGCUUAACUUCCAGUUCCAUCUCCACCGACUCCAAGCCUUCUGAGAGCAGAGAAGAGCCCCAGAAGCAAACAGAAGUUAAAGAAGAGAUUAGGGAGCCCGUAGAAUCCGCAGUUACUCAGGAAAGUAUAGCUACGGAUGCCUGACUGAUAAGAAUACGCUUGUACGAAUGCUAUCAAGCUAAGUACUUCAGCAGAAGAUAAAAAAACUCUUUUUUAAAACGACGAUCAUGCUUUACUGACCAGGAGCUUCGGGUAGCGUCGGAACACUUCGGGUAACUUCGGAGCUAAGUUCGAUGUGUGACAAUAAUUCAUGGAGAAUAAAG